ACCGCAGCCAUGGCCACCAGAAGCGGCCCACCGGCCGUGCUAGCGCUCCUGUGCGUGGCGGCGUUCUUGUCAGCUCCGACGAGCGCCGAAGAAGCGAGAGAGGAGGCUGGCGGUGAAGGCCGCGGCCACUUGCUAGUGCCGUUCCACCAGGCGAACACGGCGCUGCUGCACAGGGCAGCUGCCAUCACUGGGGUCGUCCCGGACUCUGCGGCCGUGGUGGCUGCCGCCUCUCUCCAGCAGCGACCACAGGCGCCGGACCAGGAGCAGCCGAAGCCAGCGCGCCCAGCCCAACUGAACGACGAGCCGCCCCAGCAGCAUGCUCAGGGUGGACAACCCGCAGCGAAGUUGGCAUCGCACGGUAACCAUCCAGAAUUCACAGGAGUCAUAUUCCGCAAUCAUAAUCACCAAGAACCGGUGGAAGAGCCAUUCCAGAAACAGCAAAUCCCAGUCAGCUCCGACUCAGCUGGGGCACUGCCUCACCAUACUGUGCCCAAUAGACUGUCGCCACACCAGACACCACAAAAAUCGUCUACACCAGAGGCGGCAUUCUUCCAACAGGCCCCACACCUGGCCGCCAUAGCAGUAGCCCCACCCCCACAUUUCCAACAGAGCUUACCAGAGACUGUGAAGGCUCCAUACCAUCAUGUCCAGCACCAACCUGCACAGACUGUACAAGCUGCACCUCCACCACAACACCCAAUGUCGGCGCAGCAGUCUGUUCCGCAACUCCAACAAAUUCUUGACCGCCAAACAGGAGCAGAGGUGGUACCUGGCAGAAGGACCCCAUAUCUCCCAUCUCCUGCAGCGGCAGCGCCCAAGCAACCUCUCCAUCGAGGGUCACCGGUAGGAGAAGAAGCGCCUUCCAGGCAGACUCCAUAUUUUACAUCACCAGCUGCUCUGGCUCCGAAGCGACCUGGUCAACGUGUUCCACAAGUAGUGGAGGCAGAAUCUUCAUUCCUGCCACGUCGAACAGCUGCAGCUCUCAAGGAGCACGCCCACCAUAAUCGUCCAGCGGCAGGGGCCGCUUCGUUCCACCACAUCCACCACAUAGUGCCUGUUGCCGCCACUCUCCCACUCCACCACUUUUCACACCACUCAGCGUAUGUGGGAGCAGCGCCACUUCAACAUGCCCAUCACUCUGCACCUGCAGUCGGAGCAGCAUCACAUCAUAAGGCCACUCACGCAUCGUCUGGAGCACACGGUGGAGGCGGCCACGGCGGGUCCGGCGCUGGUGGGAAGUCGAGCGGCGGAUCGUCUGGGAGCGGCGGCUCGUCACACCACCACAAGGAGUCAGGAGAGAAGGGUUCGUCAGGCAGCGAGAAGUCCCAGCAUUCGUCAGUCGUGGAGAAAGGGGGCGGCAGCAGCCACAGCGAAAGCGGCGGGCAUGCGUCGCACCACCACAAGCAGGACGGUGGCGCGCACGGCCACAAGUACAAGGGCGGUGGUCACAAGGGCAACAACGCCUUCUCCAAGGGAUACCGCGACAAGUACCACAAGGACGAGCACCACCACCUGGACGACUUCUGGAGCAACGGCCAGGAGAAAGGCGGCUACCACAAGUACGGAGAGCACGGCUCCCACUUCAGCGAGAAGGGCAAGAAGAAGGAGUCCGCCAAAAAGGCAACGAAGGGCGGCUCAGAGGGAACGCACGGGUCCGCCGGUAAGAGCGGCAAGGGCCACGCGACCAGCGACAAGAGCGGCCACGCCGCACACGGGGGGCGCUCCAGCUCACACGAGCACUCGUCGCAGUACUCCAAGAAGGGCGGCCACUCCUCGCACAAGAAGACGUCGGGGGGCAAGCAGUAGGCGGCGUCCUGAAGGGCAACAGUUGCGCCGACAAAGACUCGCUGUGGCGAGACUCGAGAAGGUUCAAGCAGGCGGUACCCAUGGCCCUAAGUGUAGUGUGGUGUUCUGCAGUCCACUGGCAACUGGAUGGGAAUGGGGAGUGGGGUCAGAGAACGGACUCACUGACGACUUAGUUUAAAAAAGUGGCGUCCCCAAGCCACCAAAACCUGUUGUAAUAUGUCUUUAUUUGGCGGCAUACAGUUUCCUACAGGUCACCUAAAAAUUAACGAAAAUCUGUAAGAAAUAGUACGUCGCGAAAUAAUUAAGGCGAACUAUUGUGUGUAUCAGAUACUCAUGGAUACCUUUACAUCACGUUAAUGGAGGGCUUCUUGGCGUCAAGCGCAUAAUUAUUGAGAUGCAGCAUCUAAAUUAAAGUUAAAAAUACAGUAUGCAUAAAGACAUUAAAAACAUAGUUAUAGAUGCAGAAAAAUACAACGUGAGUGCAUGUUAGUUAUAUAUGAUGGCAAAAUAAAAACUUGCCCGCAAAACUAUUUCAUGCACGUUAAGGUAGGCAACCCAACAUCAUCCACCCCUUGAGCAGACGUUGUCAGUUGGGUUGCCUAUCUUAAGGUGCGUGAAAUAGUUUUGCAGGCCAGUUUUAUUUUGCACACCCUCUACAUGCCCCUGUUGUCCUAUUCGCUUUUCUGUUAGUUACUACGUGUACAAUUUAAAAGCGCAUUGCACUGUUCCACAUACUGUCACACAGAAGUUGUAUGAUAAACUUACGACUGAGUCAGCCGAUGUUCGCUUUUAUGUGAGUGCAGCGAGACUGCUUACAAGUUACGAAAAUCGAUGGUAGCUUCAUUAGAGAUGCAUAAUUUACAAUAUCUGUGUCUUGCUUGUGGACAACGAAUAAAACUAACAAAACAGAGAAAGCCACAUUCGCCUUCCGACCUUCAGAUAUACAUGCUCCAGUGUGUCAAUUUAUGAUACGAUUUUGGUAAGAUGGUGUGUGGAAGAGUGCAAUGGAUGUUAACAUAUGCACUUAGUGACUAAUGGAAAAAUUUUAUAAUGCAAUGGACGCAUCCAUAAGUGACAGUCAUAAAAGCUUCAUUGUUAAAAUAUUCACUUUUUAUUCGUCAGCUACAACAAUCAUGAUGAUACUCGCAGAGACCAACGUCCCCUGUGCGUAAGCGAAAGGCAGCCUCCGAAGUAAUGUGGCUUUCAGAAGAUUGCACGGAGGGAUGUAACGUCAAACGGCCAGGGGCGCGAUGGCGGCAGUGACUUGACAAUACUACUGACCAUAGCAUCGGGCGGUGACCCAGAAUGCAAAUAACAGGCUGCCUGGUUGCACAGGGCAAGACACGCAGAAUCACGCUGUGGGCUCCGCGUGGACGAAACUGAUCAUAGCAGCAUUGUCUGCCCCCACACGCAAAGGUAGGCAGUAAGAAGUUCGCCCACAGAGUGACGCCUCGGCCUCGAACCGUAGUCGAUCAGCGCAGGAAGCCGGCAGGGUCAGAGGUAAGCCUAAAGGUGGCCCAUCAGUUGGUGGGUGGAAAGUUGACAACAUUUGCGUCAACGUGAAGAGUGGGGCCGCAACUACACGCGGAAGACUCUGGAGGUGCAGACUGGUUGAUCCUCGGUGACUGUCGCAAGUCCCCCCUUAGAGCUGGUGAAUGGCAGACUGCAAUCCUUCUCACUAGAUAUGAGGUGUACUUAUACAGGCUCGGAACGUCUCUAUUUCGUUAAAGAAUCAGUUUUCAUCACAAAAGCCACAACAAAGCCACAGACAGGUCACCCACACUACAGCGGUUCUGCCUUUCCGCUGUGACUGUGCUAUUUCGGCUCUGGUCGCUCUACUUGACUGUAGCAUACGGUAACUGUCUCGACGCCUCAGUACAUUAAGUGCGGUGUAGUAAUACAAAUGUGUAAUAUUUUAAUGUCUUUACGUAUACGUAUUUUUAACCUUGAUUUAGAUGCUGCAAUUGAUGAUAAAUAUGUACUUGUCGUCAAGGAACCUUCCUUUAACCUAAUGUAAUGGUAUCCCCGUAUAUCUGCUGAACAGAGUAGCUCAUCUUAAUUAUUCUGACGUGUACUAUUCCUUAUACAUUUCUGUUAAUAUGUGUGUGACUUGUCACUCGACCAGAGUUGUUUGUCGAUAAACAAACACAUAUUACAGUAACUUUUGAUAGUUUCGUGAUGCCAUUUUUUAAAUACAUUGAAACUGUGCGGCACUGUUUAUAAAAUGAUCUAGUUUAAGCUCUCGCUAUCUCACCCUAAUGCCGUUUAACCCGGUGGACCUUCAGUCACGAGAUAUCGUCUUCGAAAAGCGGAUGAAUGAAUUUACUAGCCCAUAAAUGGCAUCCGCUUUCGUGGUUGUGAACAGCCUGGCUUCUAUGGAAUCACGCUGGCAAGGUCGGGGUUGUGGAUUCUACACAAGUUGCGUAAAACCUGUUUUUUAAUUUUGUCACCGUUGAAAUACUUUGGUGUUUACCACAGAAAAGUAAGGGAAACGGACGCUGAAUUUGGAUUAGAUGCUGAUUUACGGCUGCAACAUUACCGACUGACAACCGAGAUUUCAGAACGUUAAUGAAAUAUGUUUCCCUCCUCAGUUUAUUAAAAAUUGACUGUAACUGUACAAUGUUCAUGGUGCAAGAGUGUUGUUGUCCUAUAAACAUUAAUAACAAACCUGUAAAUUGUAAAUCGUAUCACAAUAAAUAAAUUUAUAAGUGGCUACAACGUAAGUUACUAAAGAUGAAAGCAGUUGUUUUUAUCUCACUGUCUUCGAUUGGAUGCGGCAAUCAACUGUUACAAAAAGUGAAAUUACCACAAUAACAUAGAAAACUGAGAAAAAAUAUAACUCGCCACGCACUAGAAUCGAACCCACGCCCAAACAAGCAGUCAGUUACCGCGCUGUUUCGUAGGCAGAUGCGAUUUUAACGGUUGGUAAACCCAUCUCGUCCGCUUUUCGAAGGCGAUGUCUGCUGAAGAUUCGUCUACCAGGAUGAUCAGUUUCAGGGUGAGACACCUGACGCCUUAAACUACAUCACCAUUCAGUUCAUUCUCCGAUCAUGAUCCCCGAAUCCAUUCCUCCCUCCCCCCCCCCCCCCCCUCUUUUGAGACUCACUCGUGCGUCCCAUUCUCCUAGCUGCUAGUGGACGACUUCCUCUGUUCUAAGACAGUGUUACUGAAUCGUAAGAAAAAUAUACUGCAAAUUGUAGUGAUAUAUAAAAGUGAGAAAUCUGUGCUCACUAGCUGGAUGGACAAGAAAUAUAAUGUGGCUUAUGAAUACACACACCUGUAGGAGAGGACAUAGGGAAGUAUUUAGAGAACUUUUAAGCCCGAAGAGAAGUAGUCAACCAGAUUUACACCUCGCUAUAAAAGCCAAUAACGUAGUGACCAACUUAAACAGCUGCAGAAACCAUAGUUGUUAUAUUUGACUGUGGUAAUACACAUCUUGCAAAUGAUUUGAUGUUAUAUAUACAUUUCCACAGUGGAUAUACUCACCUGCUCUACAGCGUCCCAGUUUCUUCAUUUAUGCAUGUUUGUUAUGCACUACGAGUCCAGUAAUAGGUUUAACUUACUGUAAUACAUUUAUCCCUACGUUUUCUGCUCUCCUUUAUUUCCUCGCUUCCAAGGUAAAUUACUGCAGGAUGCCUUAUGCAAAUACAGCCAACCUGUCCCUUAUUCAUGUAAGAGGUUUUGAUAGACUUUCUUCCUUGACCAUUUUAAAAUCGUUAUUUGCCUUAUGAACAACGUACGUUUCUCCAGUUACCCAGGUUCACUUCUCCGCUUCUGUGGUAUCAUGAGUUCGCUACCUGUCUGUCGUAUUUUUCAACAAACAGUUAAACACCUGGGAAAGCUGACAAAGUAAGGACGGAAUAAAAAAUGCUUGUGCAUUAGAAUGGAGUGCACAUCAGUGCAAGCGAAAAAGUUACACUAAAUGAAUUCAGUCACAGAGAAAAAGACAAAAAUGCAAAAAUUUGUAAGUACACCAAAUAAAAAUAUAUAACUAACUCCGAAAUUGGAAAUAUUAAACAAGCGGCCUCUUAUAGUUAUCUUGUUGAAUGUUAGACAUUCCUUCCCAAUAUUUAAAGUACGAGAGUUGACACCAAAAUUUUGCGUUUUUGUGCCAUCGUUCAAACAGGGGGCGUGACCACAUCUAAAUCACGAGCUGACCUCUAACCUGCAUACAAACUAUAUUCUUCAAAAUCAAGGUAUCUGUACGUGUACGUCACUACACCUGCAGCGUAGUAGUUUCUCUCUUUAUGAAAAAAGAAUCCAUUCGUUAAAGGGCAAUGCCUCAAUUCGCGUCAUAGGCUGAAGUGAGAUACAAUACAGUUCCGGUUUAUUGGUUUGUUAAGGCUCGCAAUCGCUGUUAUACUCCCAGUGAUACUUAACACUCUGCUUUAUAUGGGGAUGGCAUUACAGAUGAGGGUCACCGAAUUGUGCUAACGUAUGGAUCAUACAAGCACCCUUGGAUACUACAUCCACCAGAUCGCUUCCUUUCAUUUUGACGUUCCCUAGUGCCCAAAAUGAAAACACCACCUUCCUGGACUUUGCUGGUGGAGAACCGGUUAGCAUACAACUGUGCUGGUUUCUUGGCGUUGUACAUGAAUGAGAUAUCUUAAAGCGUAUCCGUGAAGUCACAGGAGAUGAAUUUCACAGUUAAAAUAUCUCAUUUGUUCUACUCAAAAUGGUCUUCCUCUUAGAACCACUGGUGUCUUUCAAAUGAAUUUGCAUCUUAAUAAAAGCUGUAAAAAUUAUUUGAAGCCGUAUUUGGAAACACACCACCAGUUUUUGAGUGAAACUCUUUUGCACUCGAAAACUAUUUUAUCACAGAAUUGUAAUUUGUAAACUAAUACGCAGUAAUGCCAGACUUGGCAGAUGGGACCUGCAGUAGGUUUGAAGUUCCGUUGCCGAUGCAUUGCAAACCGACGUUAAAUAUGCUGAUAAACUGAAAGCAGACGACAAACAAGAAGUAAACUCAGUUGCAACGUGGGUACAUUCCCGAAAUAUUCUUUCAAUAUGAUCUCCAGUAAUGGAUCCAAAUCCUUUCAUUUACGUUUCAUUGCAGUCUAUUUAAAUUUCCCAACAGGUAUGUAAGUUGACUAAGGGCAAUGCUUCAAAACUUUGUGUACUUUCUCUCUAAUGAAUCAUACCUAAUCAGUGGCUUGUACAUGCACUUAGUAUUUAUUAUUGACGACAUUAGCCACAUGGACAAACGAUUUUGUGUCAUCCAUCCGAAACAUAGAGCUACCCUAUAUGCACCCAUCUAUCCAUAUAUCUAUCUGUCUGUCCACACAGCAAAACAUCCCUGUAAUGCACGAGUUGAAUCUUAGUGCUGGCUGGUACCUUUUCAACUUCCUGUUACGUUAGUUUCAGUCAUGCUGGGUACUACUACAUGAAAGUUAAUAUUCAUGUGUACACGUGGCAGUGAUAAAGCCGAGAAUUCUUACAGCUUUCAUGUAAUGUUCAAACGCAAAUACAUAUCGUAGUAGAAACCUAGUAUUAUAUUUUACUAUUACAAAUUUUAUAAUGUUACCUAAAAACUAUUGAUAUUCAUAUUUCUCAAUAGUGCAAGCUGGGAUAUGCAAUGGCUAUCAGAAAACCACUUCAUAGUUUCCUAUAUUAGGAAACGGAUGAGAAUCGCAAGCUACUAUAUUAUGUAUCUGCUAAUAGGAUCUGAGUUUAUUAGUACUCCAAUAUAAUUCCAAAGUAUGUAAUAUUUUGAAAAAACUGCACUAAUAUUCUGGGCUUACAAUGCUGAAUGGCGUUGUCCCAAACUGUGGUAUGUGUUCUCCCUAAUGAGUGUGUAUUCUGUGGUCCAGUUGUUUCUCCUUUUCAAAUGUGUACAGAUAUCCGACAUGAUAAGCUGAAAUAGCAGUAUUCUCAGCACUGCAACACACGUGAUAUUCUCUUUGUUUUCAUUUCCUUUGGUUUGACUGAAUUACUGACCACCUUGUGUAUUUUUCAUAAACAUAUCUGAUGUGCUUACAUUGGAACUCAAAAUAAAAUAUAUU